UUUUGGUGAAACGUCUCGCUCUCUCGCUUCCAUGUUUGUUCGUGGUCAUUUUGCAUUUCUGUGCUAGAUUUUCCAGAUUAGCAUUUAAUUGAUGAUUUUAUUCGUGUAACUGUGUAAUUAAUGAAAUUUGUGACAUCAAGGCGACCUCGUGAGGACUUGUCGCCCAACAAAAAGCGAUAAACGGCGAUAUAAUAACAGGGAGGGCGAUGGCGACAAACAGGAGCGGUGCCGCGCGGCCGAACGGCGCGCCGCAGACCAAAGUGUGCCAGUUCAAGCUGGUGCUGCUCGGCGAGAGCGCCGUGGGCAAGUCCUCGCUGGUGCUGCGCUUCGUCAAGGGCCAGUUCCACGAGUACCAGGAGAGCACGAUCGGCGCCGCCUUCCUCACGCAGACCGUGUGCCUCGAUGACACCACCGUUAAGUUUGAGAUUUGGGACACUGCGGGGCAGGAGAGGUACCACAGCUUAGCACCCAUGUACUACCGAGGGGCGCAGGCCGCCAUCGUCGUGUACGACAUCACCAACCAGGACACAUUCGGGCGCGCGCGUAACUGGGUAAAAGAGCUGCAGCGGCAGGCAUCGCCGUCGAUAGUGAUCGCGCUCGCCGGCAACAAGAGCGACCUCGCCGCCAAGCGCAUGGUCGAGUUCGAGGAGGCGCAGGCGUACGCCGACGAGAACGGCUUGUUGUUUAUGGAGACCAGCGCCAAGACCGCCAUGAACGUCAACGACAUAUUCCUAGCGAUCGCGAACAAGUUACCAAAGAGCGAAGGCGGCGGCGGCGCGGCGGCGGGCGGCGCGCGGCGCCUCAACGACGGCGAGCAGCCGCGCGCCUCCUCCUGCUGCAAGUGAUACACGGGGGAGAUAAAUUCGCUACCCUGGUCGGGCGCGCUCGGCGCAUGAUCCGGUACGUAGCCGCGGCGCCCACACCUAGCUAUAAUACACGUACGAGAUGUAAUUAAUAAAAGAUAUAUUUAAUUUGGUUCAUGUUUUAGGGCGGACAUAGCGCGGGGACGGCGCGGGCGGCGCGUGUACCUUAGAAAGGUGUACACAAUACCAUACUACGACCGUGUACACGUAUAUUCCGAAUGUAUUUGACUAUCUGGGGUAAAUUAGACUAGUAUGUUUUUGUAUCUGAAUAGUAUUGAUGUAUAAACAGGUACAAAGACUAAGGUCAGUUGGUAUACGGUCGCUGAUGUCGUUUUUUAUGGAGGGUACACACAUAUGUUAAUAACUCGUAGUUACAAAGCUAUUUAAUAUAUUAAAACAUUUACCCUAUAGGGUAAAGUCCCUGCGUGUCCGUACGCGUGCCGCCCGCGCCCGUUUUAGUCUAAUCUACAAUUUAACAGUUAAAUACUUGGUUAGAAAGCUUCACGGUUCUCAAACUUCACUUAUUAUAUUUUAACCACUGAAUUUACUUUUACACGCUUUCAUUUUAAACUCUCCGACCGAAGGGUCGCUCCAUCGCUGUCCAAAUUGUGGUGAAGGUGCAUUUACAUUCGUUCACUCACAUCAUUCGAUCGUUCAUUGUCAUUACAGUGUCAAAGGAAACCAAUAAAUCAUUAUUAUAAAAAAAACCGCUUAUCUGGCGCACAUUUAUAACCUAAUAAAGUAUAAUUAUUGCAAAAAAAAAAAACAAUUUAUUAGAAUCUAUGACAAGAAAAUAUUCUAAACAUGAUUUACUUUUUUUACCCGUGUGACUAUUGAUAUCCAUAAUCACACAGGAACCUCUAUUUAGUGUCCAUAUUGUCAUUUUAAAGUUACAAUAACACAAAAAAUAAUUUUAUUCAAUCGAGCUGGAUUCUCGACAAGGAAUAUUAUAAUCAUUAAUGAAUUAUUAUCAUGAAACAUAAAUGAAAGACCAAUGAAAAUGAUAACUAUUGUCUAUAAUUUAUUCAAAAAUAGUACACGCUUUCAUUGUUCUUGUGUAACUAAUGACUAACAGAGCUCUGUCAAAUGUCACGGUUUCUGUCACUAAACUAAAAUCCCGCUCACUCGCAUCACUCAUGCCUACUAUGAUAUAUCAGCUCACCACCGCCCUACACUAGCAUCUCCAUAAAGGUCUACAAACUGAACUUUUGAUUAUAGCUGGCCAGACUGUCACUAAUGACAGUAUACUACAUGUCUUGAUCAUUCAGCUAAUGUUGAUUUGAAGGGACGCGUGCAAUGUCAGGAUGGCCGUGUCGGACAUGGUGAAUUAUAUUUACAACUGGUAAUAUUGAUAUUAAGAUAAUGUUCCUUUAAUGUCAGUGCAAUAUACUUUUUAGAAAGGGAUAAUAGUUUAUAUUUAACGACUUUCUUAUUGCGUUUGUAUAAGAUCGUUGUUUUACAAAAUGUUCACAUAUUCGUUUUAACGGUAGUUUUUGUUCUGGUCAGCUAAAUCAAUAGUUAACGGGUAAUAAUCUUCUGUUUCAAGUAAAACUUGACAGUUACAAUGGAGCGAGCACAACUAGUUUCUUGUCUCUCUUACUCUGUACUUUAUUUAGAGAGACAGCAACUGUGUGUGCCACUUCAGUGUUGCGUCGUGUGGGGCGUCCUCAUACACAUGUGCAUAGUUAUUUUAAAUUAGAUUUACAUCUCAGUUAGGACGUUAUUUUAUACACCUAAUAAAAUAAUCAUUGGACAAAUUUGUUCUAUAUUAAUUGUAUUAGUAUAUUUUCUGUAUGAUUAUAUAUUUUUUAAGAGAAGUGUUACUAGAGGGGGUGUUGUGGCAGUUAACUUUAAUGUAAAGGUUAUUAUUUAGCAUUCCACUCGCCGCUUGCUUCGCGAGUUUAUAUACAGGAGGGAAUUUGGUGGCGCGCCAUAUGUUAAAUGCCAGGGUUUUUAAAUAUCCGAUUUUAUUGUAUCCGUUGAAAUUGUUGCAACUUUGCCCAUUCGGCUUCAUGCUAUUUCGGGAAAAUUAUUUUAUAAUCCUUAAAUUUUGAGAUUAUAUUUUCCGGGCAAUGAUAAAGGGUGGGCAAAGUUGAACGAUUUUGGGUAAUGUAAUUUUUGUAACAUCUUUUGAGCUUGGCAUUAUGUAAGCGACAGUACUCUUUAUUUUUGGUCGUCUGUGUGCAUCGCGUCACUCGUCUAUAGGUAAGUGAAGGGAACGUGUGUAGAAACACCUCGAGAGUGCAAAGUCCUGACUUCUUGGCACAUUUGAACCGGCUGCUAGGCAUGCUUUUUACAAUUUAAAAUCUAUUUCAAAAAAGGCAAAGUUGCUUAUAAAAUACAGUAAUAGGGCAAGGAACUAUAGAUGCAGAUAUUUAUCAAUGAUAUGGGGAUUAUGAGGCGUUGUCUAAGUAUACAAAGAGGUGCUUCGCGGCCGGUCCGAGAGCGCCUUAAACUUGUAUCGCUUAGAUUGUUUGUGAUAAACUUAACCGCAAAAACGCGUGAAGCUAUAUUUGUUAUUAAAAAUGUCCCGACAUGUUGUAUAGUCCCGGUAUAAGAUUAAAAUAGGGCAUCGGCGUUCUAAGCCGCCAUAUUGAAUACUUACACACUUGGUCAUAUCAAAUGAAAGCAAUCUUCGGCGCUAUUUAGAGCCCUGAGUACAUGAUAAUAAAUUAGCAUGUGAUAUCAAACUGUAUUUAUCAAUAUGGCGCCUUACGAUGUGCGGUGCAUAGGAUAACGAAGAUAUAUAAUGUAAUACAUAUGGGGUUCCGAAUCAUAUGUAAACUAUAGUGCUUUGUAGUCGACACUCGCGUCCUUGCGUUUAUGGCGGAGGUCGGUUUGUUUUUUAUUACACUUAAAUAACGUGUAGUAUAAAUACCAUUUAGUAAAUUGUAUUAUUUUUUCUUCAAUUGUAAAUUGAAACAAUUUAUAAUUUUUCUUUUUCAUGUUACAUGCUCAAAAAUGUUUAAUAUUGCCUACUAUCCAGAUCUCAAUUUUUUUUUAUUUUUUCUUAUGAUGUAAGGCUGAAUUAAGUAUUCAUUUUGUAAGAUAACUUUCCCUUAGUACGUGGGCAAAGUUAAAAAUUGGCGCUUCCUUAAUUUAAAGUGUAAUGAAAACCCUAUAGUUCCCUCUGCAAUAGACGCAGCACGCGGCGCAACAACGUUGACUGGUGCCCGUCGCGAAUAUUACAUAUUGUUUAUGUAUGUCAUACGCAUCGACGUUGAAUUAUUGUUUAAAUUGUUUCUAUCGCGGCUGCACCACUGCAACGUCUUAGUAACACUGAGCUCCCACCGACGGAUUCUUGGUGUUCAUCAGCAAUAUAUUUUAUAGGUGAAAAUGUUGUAAAUGUAUUCGAAUUUAUUACCUUUCUUCGAAAUUAUGCCUCUAAUUUCCAAAACUUCAAUAUAAAGGCAUCAGUAUGUUUUCACGUUCAAAAUAGCAAUGUCGAUGAGCGUGUGAUCCUGGCUGGUGGGGCAGAGUGGUUUUGAAUUCAGUAUAACAUAGCCUAGGACCGCGACAAGAUAAUGAAAUUAACUUCGACUGUUCUCGCAAGGUUGCACCGGUGUUAACGGAACUGUGUGGUACUUUGAAAUAUUGCAACUUUGGCCAGGGGCAAUCUUGUAGAUACCGUAGAGUGGGGCUAGAAACGUUGAGGCCAGAUAUCUGUUUGAUUGCAAUAAAUAGUUAGAAAAAAAAGUUAUAUCCUGUAAUAUUUUUUUCUUCAAACUAUUUUAUACAUUCUGCCUCAAAGUUUAUAUAGCUCAUAGUUACGACACGGUAUUUUUCUUGUUUGCUGUGGACUGUAUUAUACCUUGGCAGAGCAUAUUAUUUAGAAGUUUUCAAAUUUAUUUCUUAUAAAUAAAUAAAGUAAAUGGGGUAAAUAUGGAACUAGUGGGCAAAGUUGCAAGUUUCACCGACAGCUUAAUCCGUGAAACGUAACGUUUGCGAGCCAGCCGAUAUGUCGCAUCUAUAGAACGAAAGAUCAACUCAAAACAAAUGCCAAUUUGGUUUCUAUUGGAAGCAGUUAAGGUUGAAUUUGGAAUGCAUUUGUUAUGUGACUUGUGCUCUUUAGUUGUGAAGGCGCGAUAGUACUGGGGACGAACGGUGACAUCCAGGUCAAACUGUAUGUUUUUGUAUUGUGUAAAUAUUUUGGAUUUAUUAAGAUUAUUAUAUUGAAUAAAAAAAAUAUUGUAAAUGUA